CGUGCUUUCUUAAAAAUGAUUGGCUUGCGGCUUUGAUCAAAAUGUUAUUUAAAAAGUGAUUACUCCUGCUUCAACAACAGAUAAUAUAACAAGUUUCAAAGGAUACAAAACAAUCGAUGUGAUAAAUAAUAAAAAUUCUGUCUAAUAUAAAUAUUAUGCAUGAAUUGAAAGAUUCCAGUUAUGCGAUGGACUACUAAAUAAACAACAAAAGCCGUGACAUGCGGAACACCCGUAACUCUGCAUAGCGCUGCUAUAAUUCUGAUCAUGACACGUGGAACAUCCUAUACUGUCUUUCUGCCACUAUCGUGGCACGGUCCGGUCGUGACACGUGGAACAUCCUAAACUGUUCAACAAUAAUAUUAUACUGACAGUGAUAUGUGGAACACCCUAAACUUUCCAGCUUCCGAUAUUACUCAAACCGUGACAAGUGGAACACCCUAAACUCUUCCACAAUCUAUCAUAUUCUGUCACUGCUGUGGAACACCGUAAAUUGUUCAACUGCCAAUAUUAUUCAGACUUUGGAAGUGACUCUUGUUACAACAAAACCACCACCACCACCAACAACAUGAAAAAGAUGGAUAUAGAAUUGCUUAAUAAAUUGAUUCAGCUUAAUAAAAGGUCGAUAACUGAAACAUAAUUGCUCCUAAUUCAAACUUAAGCAGACGGCCGACAGUGUUAAGCAAUAGUGUCAAAUUGAACUUUUUUAUUGUUCAGUAUUCAAGAUGGAACGGGAUAUAAAUUUUAACGCUAUACCUGCAAAAGGCGUCCAUACUGAGUAUAGGUUUAAAAAAGCUGUGUUUCUGAUAUGUUUAAAUUUAAAAGGACAUAAUGCCUACGGAUGUGUGAAGCGUUAUUUAAGAAUCCUGCCUCUUGUAACGAUUUUGAUCUGUUUCGUCAUUUUGGUUUUUAUUUCUAAGUCUUUCCGGUCACCGUCUGAGGAAGAACUCAAUCGGAGACAAUACUUCAAUACGUCAUCUCAUAAAAUAAAGGUUACUAUAAAUAGCACUUUCUUGAUCCCAAACGAGUAUCUUUGUCGUAUUAAUAACCCAUACCUUUUAAUAAUUGUUCCAUCUAGGAUACAAAAUAGUCAUGUUCGAGAGGUGAUCCGGGCAACUUACGCAUCGAUAUCACGUGACAGAGUUUCGGAAGUGCUCGGGCAAAAAGUUGACGUUGUAGUACGGACGUUAUUUUUGAUAGGGACGAGUGGCAACCAAACUAUUGAACGAAAUAUUUUGUAUGAAUAUAUGAAAUAUAAAGACAUAUUACAAAUAGAUAUACAAGAUACGUACUACAACCUUACGGCAAAGCUAUUGCAUGCAUUCAAAUGGAUUAAUUUGUACUGUAAACAUGUGACGUAUAUUCUAAAAGCAGACGACGAUGUUCUAGUGAAUGUUAGCAAUUUAUUAGCGCAGUUAAAAAGCCACAACCCAUCUGAAAACGGGUCAAUUUACGGGAAAAUAUUUGACACAUCCGAACAUUUUAAUGUAUUCAGAGAAGGACGCUGGGGCGUGAGUCAUGAAGAGUACCCGAUGAAUCACUACCCACGGUACGCACAGGGGACCUCUUACACUCUAACGCAAAAUCUUGUGCAAAAAAUAGUCCAUUCGGCUCAGAAUUUUCCUUAUUUACACAUAGAGGAUGUUUUCAUAACAGGAAUACUUGCCGGUACAAUUCAUGGUGCAGAGUUUAUCAAAUUGAACGGAACUUCUGACUGGGGUGAUGCAAUACCCAACCCAUGUAAGUUUGCGGAAAAUAACCGCCUUGCUCAGCACCGAAUGACCCCUCAUCUUAUGUCUCAAACUUGGCAAGCUCUAAUGUCAUACACAAUAACAUGUAAAACAUAUAGAGGGCGAACGAUGAAACAUUGACCGCAGCGUCAGAAUGAAAACAUAAUAAAGUUUAGCUUAAAAUAUAAAGAUCAUGAUAUUUGUUAAUAAGCGUGCAAUAAUCUCAGGAAGUGCUUAUAAUGCAUUUCCGACCGAUUUCACGUUUUGUAAUAUUAUUCGUUUUCUUAAGGCUGCUGGGCUGCCAACUUCAGGCAGCUGGGCUGCCAAUUUCAGGCUGCAAGACUGCCAACUUCAGGCAGCUGGGCUGCCAACUUCAGGCUGCAAGACUGCCAACUUCAGGCAGCUGGGCUGCCAACUUCAGGCUGCAAGACUGCCAACUUCAGGCAGCUGGGCUGCCAACUUCAGGCUACAAGACUGCCAACUUCAG